AUGAAAACCAGUCGCAAUGAUAUAGAUGUCUCGAUCCCCAGCCCUUACACAGGCGUCGGCCCAGUAAUUCCCGCAGGUACAGACGUCAUUUUUCCGGACAAGCAACCGCGUAGCAAUGCCGCAACAGCUGCUUCAGCCGCAGGUGUACGCGCCCUGAGCGCGCAGGCAAUCGCCUUCUAUUUCCGUGCGCCAGUGAAAGCCUUUUUCAGGACACGCGUUGACUACCUAGCAUAUGCGAGGUCUGUGCAUCAAACCCAUAUCGAGCUUCUCAAACAAGCCGCAGUCAACGAUAAGACAUCCUCCCGCAUGAGCUUGGCACUGCGGCAGACGUGGCUAUGGAUGCGCAGUACUACUCCGGGAGUGCUCACUAGUGCUGUCAAAGCCCAUGGCUGGGGCGUUAUACCACAGCAAGUCCUUCCGCCUCUCAUCGCCAACGUAAGCGUGGGUGCCGUACUCUACACCAGCUACCUGCAAAUACUCGGGCUUCUGCACGAGGAAAGCGGUAGGGCAAGCAAGCGAGUGUAUCCGCCGCCCGAUCCGAAGCACACCUUCGCCGCCGGGUUUCUGGCCGGAAGCCUUCAAAGCGUUGUGGCUGCACCGCUCGACGCCAUCCAGGCCAGAUUUGACCAUCGGGAGAUUCUCCCUGCCGAUGGCACGGGGCGGCCUAGGAGCAUGUGGGGUUUCAGUGCCGAGAAGCUGAGGGAGAUUGGGGUCCGAGGAAUCUUCGCGGGCUGGGGCUUGAGUUUCCUGAAAGACAGCUUCGGGAAUGCCAUCUUCUUCAGUACUUUUGAAUAUCUGAAAGCACAGGGCUACUACCGAUUCGUGUCGUGGUACUAUGGCGGACUGAGCGAGGACACGGUCGAUCUACUUGCUUUCAAGCGGUCUUCCCCGAGUGACAAGCGAGCGACAACGAACACAGCUGCAGGCACCCAUGGCAGUGAAGCGCCCAAGGUCAUCCGGCCGCACUAUGCUAUCGAACCAGCCUUCCUUCUUCUUGGUGGCGUUGGCGCUUCCUUCGCGCAACAGGUCGUCUUACACCCUCUUACCCAUGUACAACUCAAGCACUGGGACCACCUCGAAGACCUCGACGAGAAAGCGGCUCGCCUCAAGGCCUCAGCCGCCGCGAAUGCGGAUAAGCCACGCCGCAGGUGGAGGAUGCUGCGGGCUUAUUACCGUGCGUACCAAGAGACAUGGGCUCACUGCGCUGCGGAGGCCAGGGCAGAGGGACUGGGGGUGACGCGCCUGCUCUACCGGGGCUUCUGGUGGAACACCAUCCGUCAAGUUCCUAGCACAAGCGCUGGCCUGAUCAUAUUCGAGCUCGUACGACGCAAGUAUGGAUUAGGGAGCGAAGAAGUCAGGAUUAACAGGGAUGGCUAUGAUAUCCUCCUCAAAUAG